AUGGCCUCUCAAUCGUUGAGCUCGUUGUUGCACCGCACAUCCAUCGACGACCACGAGGAGGUCCUGCGUUCGGCCAAUGCAGCUCUAGCAAAGUCUAAAUCGGAUACCUAUUCUCAGAAUAUCAAGGUUGUGGCCUUGCUGAAGCUUGAUCGCUAUGAGGACUGCCUGCGCGUGUUCGAAGAGGGAGGUGAGAAGUUGAAGAAAACCGCGGCAUUGGAGUACGCGUAUGCUCUGUACAAGUGCGGUCAGCUCGAUAAAGCGAUCGAGAUCGUUUCACGUAUAGUCGACAAUCGCGGUGCGCGUCACUUGGAGGCUCAGGUGAGCUAUCGAUCAGAGAAAUUCCGUCGGACAGCCGAAAUCUAUGAGGACUUGGCCAAGGACCAGGGAGCUCUGGACAAUGAAGAAAAUGACCUGCGCAUCAACGCAUGGGCGGCAGAUGCUCAGUUGCAAUGGAAAGGAUACCCUGAAUAUGUCCGUCACACCCGACCGACGAGGGAUGAUCUGGAAGCGUUUGAGACCGUCUACAAUGCUGCUUGCCUGAGUAUCGCCAAAGGAGAGUUUGGUCAAGGGGAGAUACUACUUAAGCGGGCAAAAGAGUUGUGUCGGACAUCCGAAGACCUGACACCAGAAGACAGAGACGCUGAGUUGCUCCCAAUUUCCGUGCAGCAGCUGUAUGUUUUGAUCAGUCAAGGAAAGUCGGAAGAAGCCGAGUCCAUCCUGCAGGAAAUCUCGGUCAAAGAUAUCCCGGAACUAUCGACCAAGAAGAUCGCAGAAAAUAACAUCACCCUCGUCCGUGACACCGCUGCAAACCCGUACAUCCUUUAUAAGGCGUUACACAAGACCCCAGAAUCCACUGGUAAUGACCGAUUGUUCGACUUCCAAAGCAACAUAAUCAGCGGCAACUUUAACGCGGCCGACCUUCUUGUUCAGAAAUACGAUGGCAUCAUCCGAUCUACGUCCAAGACACGGUCUCACGCCCCUUGUCCCUCCAUAGAGCCCGGCAUCAACCUGCUUUCGGUAUUUAACGCCGCGGCCCACGCCCAUGGCCAGACCGGUGCAAAGGCCCUGAAAGCGAUUCUACCCGCAGUAGAGAAACGACCAAAGGAUCUCGGAUUAGUACUCACCGCCGUCCAACUCUACGUGAGCACCGGCAACACGACCUCCGCCAUCGCCACCUUGGAGAAAUGCCUUGGACUCCUGGAAGAAUCCAUCUCCGAGCAGGACAAGGAAGUGCGAUUCAACCCUGGCCUCCUGGGCAUCCUUGUAUCUCUGUACAAGCUCGAAGGCCGCAAGGUACAAAUCCGCACCGAACUCGGCAAAGCUGCAAGCUACUGGCGCAGCCAGGCCGAGGCGCCUUCCUCCCUGCUACGAGCGGCAGCGGCAUCACUCAUUUAUUCUGCGGAUCAGUCCGAUCUCGUCACCGCCGGCGAGCUGUUUAAGGAUCUUUACCAGAAGAACGCGGAUGACCGGUUUGCAAUUGCCGGCUACGUCGCUUCGCAGGCAACCCUGGACUACGACAAGGUCGCAUCACAAGUCAACCGUCUCCCUGCAACCACCGACUUGGUGUCAGACAUCGAUGUAUCUGCCCUCGAAUCUGCCGGGAUCUCUCCCUCGUCUGCUACGGCCGCAGCGGCCCUUGCCAGUGCACGCAAGCGCCCAGCAGCAGACAAGGAAGGCCGUGCAACGAAGCGAAUCCGCAAAUCACGUCUGCCAAAGGACUACGAUCCGAACAAGGCCCCUGAUCCAGAACGCUGGCUUCCUCUGCGUGAUCGAUCCAGCUACCGCCCCAAAGGACGAAAGGGCAAGCAGCGUGCGGCGGAACGUACCCAAGGAGGCAUGGUCACCGAAAAGACGGAGGAAGCUAACGCAGCAGCCAGUCAGCAGGGCAGUCAACAGCGGACUCAGGCUAAUACUUCGAAGAAGAAGAAGAAGGGGAAGCGGUAG